AUGCCGCUUGGGGCCUGUGGCCAGAACGGCCACGACGAGAGCAACGAGCAUUGCUUCCGGUGCUUUGCUUUCCAUGGCCGCCUACUUCGCAUCAGGGAGGAGAUCUCCAGCGCAGACAUGCCCACUGGUGGGCGUCUCUGGGAUGCAGGCAUCUUCCUGGCGCACUGGCUCGCGAGCUUUGGGCCGGAGCCCGUAGAAUUCAAGGGCAAGGCCAUCCUUGAGCUGGGAAGCGGAUGUGGGCUUCCGGGCAUCGUGGCCGCCCAUCUGUCCGGUGGGAAGGCAGUUUUCACGGACAGGCGGGCUGUUCUGCCCCUGGUCAAGCACAACGUCGCGGUGAAUUGCCCGAAUCUGAACACGCACGUUCUAGAGCUCGACUGGGUUAUGGAGGAGCACAGGCAAUCUAUCAGCAAGCAGUGCGGCCAUGCAUUUGAUGUUAUCCUGAUGUCGGACUUGCUCUACUCAUCCGCAGCUCCUGCCAAGCUCAAGAACACCCUGCUCUUCUUCUCCCGGCCUGGAACCACUGUCUUCCUGGCGCACAAGCCACGCAUGGAGAACUCCUCAGGCCCGGCCGUCUUCGAGAAUCCGCUGGAGACUUCGCUGGGGCCGUGGUUCGACUCCAGCUGCCUUCUGAGCUUUGGCCCGGAUCGCAGCCCGAUCCAUAUCUUUCGCAUGGACAGGCGCGGCUGA